AAUUCGGCCGUCCGCUUUGUCGUCUCUCUCGUCUCCGUCCAGCACCGUCGUUUCCUUAGCGUUUGACUCCACGCCUUCUCUUCCCUGCGCCGCUCCUCUUAUCCUUCGCACCCCCACUUCUCUUCUCCCUCUCUCUCUCUCUCUCUCUCUCUCUCAUCUUUCUGCGUCUCUGAGUGCUCUGUUUUUAUCCAGAAGUGUCUCUUCUUGUUCAGAAACCUAAACCGAGGAAUCAUUCGAAGACGGCGAGAGAGAGACCCAGAACCUAGCGGACUAGUCUUAGCUCGCACCUCGCCGCAAAGCAUUAUGAGCAAAUAUGGAGUGGUUUCUGUGAAGAUCACUCUAGCUUUAUAGGAUUUUCUGGGUCUGAAUCUUCACGCAGAGAUAGAUUCAUGGCUGGCAGUAACGAAAUUAAUCUCAAUGAAUGCAAGAGGGUGGUUCCACUCAAUACAUUUGUCCUCAUCUCCAAUUUCAAGUUAGCUUACAAUCUCCUUCGCCGGCCAGAUGGAACUUUCAACCGUGAAUUGGCAGAGUUCCUUGAACGGAAAGUACCUGCCAACACGAUUCCGGUUGAUGGGGUUUUCUCCUUUGAUGUCAUCAAUAAAUCAACCGGGCUGCUUAACCGGGUAUACCAGCCAGCCCCAGAAAAUGAGGCUCAAUGGGGUGUUGUAGAGCUUGAAAAGCCCUUGAGCAGUACUAAAGUGGUGCCUGUCAUUCUUUUCUUCCAUGGUGGGAGCUUCACUCACUCUUCUGCCAAUAGUGCUAUUUAUGAUACUUUUUGUCGCCGUCUUGUGCGCAUUUGCAGGGCUGUUGUGGUGUCUGUAAAUUAUCGCCGAUCACCUGAGUAUCGAUACCCAUCUGCAUAUGAUGAUGGUUGGACAGCGCUCGAGUGGGUUAAAUCAAGACCAUGGCUCCAAAGUGGGAAGGAUACCAAGGUUCAUGUAUAUUUGGCCGGAGAUAGUUCUGGGGGUAAUAUAGCCCAUCACGUCGCAGUUAGAGCGGCUGAAUCAGGAGUUGAGGUACUAGGUAACAUACUUCUUCACCCAAUGUUUGGCGGGCAAGAAAGAACAGAAUCAGAGAAGCGAUUGGAUGGAAAAUACUUCGUUACAAUUCAAGACCGGGAUUGGUAUUGGAGGGCUUUUCUCCCCGAAGGGGAAGACAGAGACCAUCCGGCCUGUAACCCCUUUGGCCCCAAGGGCAAGAGCCUUGAAGGACUCAAGUUUCCUAAGAGCCUCGUCGUUGUUGCUGGUUUGGAUCUUAUUCAGGACAGGCAACUGGCUUAUGUAGAAGGGCUCCAAAAUGCCAGGAAAGAAGUGAAACUUCUUUUUCUAGAGCAGGCCACAAUUGGCUUCUAUUUCUUGCCAAAUAAUGAUCACUUCUAUUGUCUCAUGGAGGAGAUGAAAAACUUCGUGAAUUCUGACUGUUGAUAGACCAUUUAACCCGCAGUAAAGGCAGCCAUACAUAACAGAAGCUUGACAUUUCACUUGGGUUUUCCCCCUCUUUUGCAGUGAUGGUGUGUAGUUGUAUGAUUGUGUAGCAUUACUCGUGUAUUAUCAUCAUUUGUUGUGUCAAUAUCGUAGUUCUGCAGAUAAGGCACUUGGUCAUUCUCCAUUUUGGGACAAAUGCCAUUGUCUUCUAGGUAUUAGGUCCAUUGUAUGAGGGCACCAGUUUCAGCAAUUAAGCAGGAUUUGAACUCA